AUGACCGUGACGCUCGAGGAUGUCUCGUUGAUCACCGGUCUUGCUAUCGACGGGAUGCCUCUCUGUAUGAGCACCGAUUCUGAUGGGUGGCGCGAGCAGAUGAUUGCUCUUAUCGGUAUGGCUCCUACUGAGGCUGAGGCUGAUGUAGAGGAGGGAGAAGAGAAGAAGAAGAGGGAAAGGAAAGCAGCCGGAGCUGCUUUCACGUGGAUUCAAACUCACUUUGCGACGUGCCCUCCGGAUGCCACUGAUGAUGUGAUCCAGACACAUGCUCGUGUCUACAUGUGGUAUGUUGUGUCGAGAACUUUGUUUCCUGACUCCACUGGCAAGAACGCUCCAUGGAUGUGGCUGAAGGCGUUGACCGUCCUCGAUAGCAAAUGGAGCUGGGGUUCAGCGACUCUUGCCUACUUGUACCGACAGCUGGACGAUGCGUGUUGCAGGAUCACAGAUAGUGCAGGCAUUGGUGGUAAUAUGCUUCUACUUUCUGUAUGGAGCUGGGAGCGUCUGCCUGUUGGACGCCCGAAGAGCGUCAGGUUUAAUCCUUGGUAUGAAGAUGAAGAUGACGAAUUACGGCGCCCCACUUGGGCUUACAAGUGGGAUGUGGUUUCCGAGAUGACGAACGAUGUCAAUCUCAUGUACCAGAAGUACGUUGCCGAGUUGGACACGAUUACGCCUGAGCAGGUGGAAUGGCAGCCAUAUGGCGCCGAUGACAGACUUGGGUACACCCCGGAGUUUAGCAUCAACCCGAUGUGCUUGCGGGAUAGGGAUCUCUGGCUUAUGCGGUGCCCACUGAUAUGCAACUGGGCUGUUGAGUUUCAUUUGCCACAUCGCGUGUUUCGUCAGUUUGGUCUGUUCCAGCCUCACCCGCCGGAAUGGGUGGAUACGGACAAAGCACUUCAUAGGUUGGACAGGAGAAGGCAACGGAAGAUAAAGGACUGGGACAAGCAUCAUGCUUCGUAUGUUACCCGCUUCCAGCUUUGCGUGGAGCAAGCUCGUAGUAGUGCACGCGCCCAGCUUCGUGAGCAUAACCCACUUGCUUUUGAUAACUACAUACGAUGGCUUCUUGAAAAUACUCGAGUUGAGAUAUGCCCGCCGGCAUAUAAUGAGGAAAUUCUUGAAGAACCCGUAAACAUUGAGGAUCUAUCAAAGGGGAAGUACAAGAGAGAUGUCAGGGUAGGGCAAGGAGUCCCUGCUGUUCCGGUGAUUAACUAUGUGUGCACCGAGAUCAAGAAAGCAGCUGAUGAGAGCCAGUCUAUUCUCGAGAACACACCGGUUGGAAAAGGCAAUGAUGAUAAUUCACUACGAGCAUUCCUCAAGUUUGAUAUCUUCACACGUGUUCAUGUUACAGCGUCAGGCCAAGAAGUUAAGGCGGUUAUCGAAUCUUCUCGGUUGCCGUGA